AUGCGAGGUCCAAAGCAUUUUCAUAGUUCCUCAUUUAUAACUGUAACUUCCAGCCUGUCGGUUUCAUCGUAUUCUUUCGAAUUAGCCUUACAUUCACUACGUCGCAGUAUGCUUGCCGCACAUGUUCUUGAAUUGUUUCCAACUCAAGUUUUCAAUCAACUAGCGAUUUCGGAAGCUGGAGAACCGUCGGCAGCGGGCAAGAUUGCAUCACUCAUUCAAUCUAGUAUUCGUCAAGCAGCUUUCAGUUCAGGCGCUGAUUAUAUACCAGAAUUUGAAGCUGAAUCUGAAGAUGCGGACGAUAAUAUGUCGGGACUAGAUUGUGUUUUCAAACUUAGACGCCACUUAGUCGACGUUAUGCUGAUGUGUUAUGGAGUUGUCAUAUUGUAUUUUGUAGCUAACAGCAAACGUCAGGCUGCCGAUUUCAUUCUUGCUUUGAAUUUCAGCCACGAAGCUUUAUCUUUCAUUCCUGGAACGAACUCAUCUUUAUUUGACAGAGAGUUGGUUCUCUUGCACGCCAGUGUUCUGAUGAAUUAUUGCAAUUUUCCGAAGGAUGUAAUCAAGAAAGCUGGGAAAAUCUGCAUGCUGAUGUUUGAAGAGGAACGACGACGACACUAUCGUGAUCUUUUACGUAAUCACUAUUUAAUGAAACUUCACUCACCUUGCAAAGACAAAUUUAAAUACGGUGCAUAA